ACAGCACGGACUAAGAUAUACACAGUAAACUCUUAAACAAUCAAACUCAACGUCUAAGGCAGUACCUACACAAUAAUAUUAUACUCGAGCACAAUGACUGUCCCGGCAUUACUCCUGUCUCCGACUAGUCCGACUCGUUACUUAGUUAUCUGUGCGACUCCGCGCUCGACAGUCUACAUGCGUUGUUGGACGUAGGUUGCUGCAUGCUCGUGCGGGAGGCCCAUCGUCGUUCUCCGUUCCAUCAUUACUUGUCAUUAGCUAUUAAUUUAUUAUCAUACGAGAAUAUAUUGUUGCAGUAUGGGAAUGUCGUACGCGCUAGAAUUUAGUUUUCGCCAGUUGGAUAAGUAAACAAGUUUACCAAUUGGAUUUGACACGUGCCAAAACGGUAUUGAUUGGAUUUUUGAAUUGAUUAAUAUAACAGCUAUAACUUUAAAAAUCAGUGAUUUUAACUUCAUUGAAUAGUACAUUUUAAUUCACUAUAAUGGGAGAAGAAAAUAUAAAACUAAAUGAAAAACCAAUACAUGUAUUUGAAAUGGAUGAAAUGAAAAAUGAAAAGGAAACAUUUAAUUGGGCUGAGUUUUUAGCUUGUGUAUCUGUGGCAACUACUAACUUACAUACAGGAUUUGCUUUAGGAUUUUCUGCAAUACUUAUACCACAACUUGAAAUAUAUACUAGUGAUAUGGGCAAAUUAAGCAAAUCUCAAUGUUCCUGGAUUGCCAGCAGUAUUUCAAUAGCUGCUCCAUUUGGAUGUCUAUUUAUAGCUUUUGCACUGGACAGAAUUGGUCGUGUAUCCACAUUUAAGUUUUCUCUAUGGCCAUGUUUUAUUGGAUGGAUGUUAAUUGCACUUGCUUUUAAUCCAAGUAUUAUCAUCGUUGGACGAUUAUUGACUGGUUUUGCAAUGUCUGUUGGUACAAAUUCGGCCAAUGUAUAUAUGGCAGAAAUAUCUAGUCCAAAACUUCGAGGUUCCAUGAUGUCAAUAGGUUCUGUGAUGUUAUCUUUUGGAAUAUUAUUAAUGUACUGUACUGGGUUAUAUCUACAUUGGCGUAUAGUUGCAUGGAUAGCAUUUGUUGGAGCAUUUUUACCCGUUAUCAUGACAGCAUUUUGGACACCUGAAAGUCCUGUUUGGUUAAUUCAUAAAGGACAAGAUGUUAAAGCUUUAAAAUCUUUAAAAUAUUUUAAAAACUCUAAAUAUAGUGUAGGUGUACAAGAAAGUUUUAAUGAGAUGAAAAAUAUCAAAGAAAAAAAAGAUUUACUAAUUAAUAAAGAUAUUGAAAAUAGCAAUGUAUUCAGACGUAUUGCUUGGCAUUUAUCCAAGCCAACAGUUUUUAAACCUGUCCUUUUUAUGACUGUAUUCUUUGUUUUACAACAAUUUACUGGAAUCUAUACAUUUCAAUUUCAUGCUGUUAAAAUGUUGCAAGAAGUUACUCAAGGUAUCGACAUAAAAUAUGCUACUUUACUGUUUGGGUUGUUUAGGUUCUUAUUAAGUUUUGUGGCAACAGGAAUGUUACAUAAUUAUGGUAGACGUCCACUGUGUAUGAUUAGUGGUAUUAUCAUGGCAAUUACAUUGCUUGUUUCUGGAUUAUGUUUUUAUUUUAGAACUAAAGGUGAUAAUAGUAUUAUUAUGACAUGGGUAUCUUUAUCGUGUAUGUUACUAUACAUUUCGGCUGGCUCUGUUGGUAUAAUGCUGAUUCCCUGGAUAUUGCCCAGUGAAAUGUUUCCAACUGAAGUUAAAGGAUUAUUUCUUGGACCAAUUAUGGCUUGGUGUAAUGCAGUCAUGUUUGUAGCUGUACAUUUUUAUGAAGAUCUUAAAGGAGUACUGGGCGGUAUGCUAGGCAUUUUGUGGUUCUAUAGUUUCAUAUCAAUACUAACAGUUUUUUUUGUAUGGUUGUUUAUUCCUGAAACACAUAAAAUGAAAUUAUCUGAAAUAGAAGAUUAUUUUAAAGAUAAUACCAUAUACUUAUUAAGAAAAAAAAAGACUGUAAAAAAUGAACAAUUGUAA